AUGCUCGAGCCAAGGCCUGGUUGCAGUUUUGACGAUGGGCUACUCUAUAACAAUAGGAGAAAUCGACGAACCAAAGUGCGAGAUUCUCCCAACUACAAUGUUGAAUCAGUCAGCCGACCAUCUUUCCCUAAUCUUUCCCAUCAAUGCUCGGUCCUCGUUUUCAUUGGAUUCCUUUCAAUCGGUGCCUUUGCUGUUAACCAGUACUCACCCCCGUCAACAUCACCACAACCGCCGAUAAGAAUGUUACAGGGUUGCCCGCCGGCUCUACUCCACUCGCGCUCAUUUCGUCACGCGCAGAUUUUGUGUCGUACCCAGCCGGCGCUGGUUGUGGCCGCCUAUGAGGGGAUCAAGGACGCUUUAUCACAAUGUGAGGAAAAACUCCGUUUCCACGCUUGGGAUUGCACAAAGAUCGGACAUCCGCUAUUGGAUCCACCGUUGCUGAAAUACGCUCACCGCGAAUCGGCGCUCGUUUGGGCGCUCUCGUCUACCGGAGCUGCUUGGGGAAUCGCCACCGCUUGUAUGCAGGGCUGGCUACCAGAGUGCGCGUGUACUCCGACGGCUGGCGAAAAGGCUUGGGAAUGGAGUGGAUGCUCGUACGGGGUUCAGUAUGGCCUAGCCGCUUCGAGAAGGCUUUUCAGCCGUGGAGCCGCUUACAAAGACGAUGACGGAGUUGGCCGUGAGAGACGUGGAGGACGAGAUCUCCCCGCCGGAAAUCCGUCGAAAAUCGCCGAGCGUCACAAUUUGAAAGCCGGACGUUUAGCGGUAAAGAAAAGCGUUCUUCAAUCCUGUAAAUGCCAUGGAGUCUCUGGAUCUUGUCAGCAGAAAACCUGCUGGAAGAGAACGGCCGAUUUGGAGACGAUUACCGGACAUUUGAUUGAUAAGUAUCACCGCACAAGAAGUGUUCUCCCUGAGACGAAAGUGAAAAACGCGGACCUUCUCGCUUUUGAGCAAUCACCUGAUCAUUGUGCUGCUCGAACAGCUUCUCGUCGUGUUUGCGGUUGGAGAAAUGAAACCCAUUCACAGGGCGAUUGUAACUCAUUGUGCUGCGGGCGAGGGUACAAUGUAACCCAUGAAGUAAUCCCGUACAAAUGCGAUUGCAAAUUCGUUUGGUGUUGUCAAUUGGUGUGCAACGAAUGUUUACAACACCGCUGGACGUCGACUUGUUUG